UCGGUUCUGGUUCCGUACACGGCAGCAACAUCGUAUACACACAUCGUUUACAUUAGUUUAAUAGUUGUGAGACGUUAUACCACUUUAUUUGUUUGCCAUUGUUUACUAAAUAAUGGCAAAGUCAAACGAUUUAAAAGUAUUUUUGCGGUCAUCUCUUAAUGAGAUUUUUAAAGCCACAGUGAGUGACAUAUUGGAGUCAGUGGAUCAGACGUUGUCUGAGUACGCGUGUAAAAUACAAAGAAUUGAAAUUGAAAAUGAGGAUCUUAGACGAAGACUGCAUGUGCAAGAAAACAAGGAUUCGACAGUGAAUGACCCAGAAAGUAACCAGGAUGUUCAACUUCCUGACACGCCGAGGAAGACCUGUUCCAGCCAUUCAUCGGUUACCCAAACCGAGAAGCCAAUCAAAACCGAGGACAAUGAGAAAAGAAGCUCACGGAGACAGCGGAAAGACAAGAUGCUUCAGAGCAGAGCUUCUGUCUCCACGGAACCAGUAUGUCAGACGGAACCAGAAUGCUCCAAAAACAUUGUACACGCUAAUGUUUCCACCCUAAAGUUAAAAAAUAUAAAAACUGAACCUAAUAUGGAAGAUGACUAUGCCAUAGACCUGUCAAAGCCACAAUCUCCACUCAACCCAGCUUCUAGGCAAAUUAAGACUGAGAGCGCUGAGGUGAACUACAUCAUUCCAGAUGAGUAUGAUGAACAGCUUCAGUCCCCACUGAACACAGACGUGGACUCUAGAGAUAGCGAGGUCAAUGUCACCAUAAUUUCCGAAAGGCACAUGGAAAUGGGAGAUGACGAAGAGAGCCGUUUUGUGGAGUCAGAUGUAACGAUGAGUCACGGUGAUGAUAAUGGAAACGCUGAGCCGGACGAAGAUCCUUUUUUAACAUACUACCCUGACAUGGAUGCUGACCCUACUGGGGUGACAGGGGGGGACAUUUCAGCCACCAUGAAUGCUACAGAGCCUUCCAAAAACACCCAAGGCAUCUACAACUGCACUCAGUGUGAAAAGACCUUCAGUCGAGUGAGCUCCCUAAAUAUCCACCUGAGGACUCACAGUGGUGAGAAGGCCCACUGCUGCAACUACUGUGGCAAGCGCUUUGGCCGGGCGGACCUGCUCAAGUCCCACAAGCGCACUCACACGGGAGAGAGACCGUUCAGCUGCAACCUCUGCGGGAAGAACUAUGGUCACCCAGGCCAGCUCAGGAUACACAAGCGCGUUCAUACAGGGGAGAGACCGUACUGCUGCCCACACUGUGGGAAGCGCUUCAGUGAACACAACCAGCUUAAGGUCCACUUAAGAACGCACACAGGCGAGAGGCCGUACAGUUGCACUGUGUGCACCAAAACCUUCAGCAAUGCCGGGAACCUGAGGAUACACCAGAGGAUCCACACUGGGGAGAAGCCAUACUGUUGUGUGCAGUGCGGCAAGAGGUUUAACGGUAUGGGAGACCUCAAAACCCACUACAGGAUUCACACAGGGGAGAGGCCGUACCACUGUGACCUGUGUGAGAAGACCUUCAGUCAGGCGGGCCACCUCACCAUACACAAGCGGAUGCACACAGGGGAGAAACCAUACACAUGUUCAGAGUGCGAUAAGAAGUUCAGCGUGGCAAGCAGCCUCAAGUUGCACCUAAGAACUCAUACAGGGGAGAAACUCUAUUCCUGCUCUUACUGUGGGAAGAGCUUCAGUAGGUCUGGCCAUCUAAAGAGACACGAGCAAGUCCACACCAAGGAGAAAGUCUAUCCCUGUGACCAGUGUGGAAAGACCUACACUGACCUGUCAUCCCUGAAAAAACACCAGAAGGGUCAUAGAGCUGAGGACCUGAGGACUGAGGAGGAGCAGAGUAGUACCAGUGGAGGAGCUGAAGAGCUGAGGAUUGAGGAGGAGCAGAGUAGUACCAGUGGAGAAGCUGAAGGCUGAGGAGCAGCAUAGUAGUACCAGUGGAUCUGAUGCUCCCCAUAACCUGGAUAUAAAGACGGAGAACUAAGACACUUAUGUUACUGUGUGUUACAUUGCAAUAUACAGCAUAUGAUUAGUUCAUAUUGAUGUAUUACUGCAAUGAUGUAGGUACACUGUAUGCCGAAUUUCAAUGGAACUUACAUUUACAGUACUGUGCAAAAUUCUUGGGCGCCUGAAAGUUGAACUAAGUAAAUGUAUUUGUGUAGUGUUUAUUUGUAAAAAAGAUAAAAAAUGAAUAUAUUAUAUUAAUGUAUUUUUUUUAUUAGAACACUUACUACCCAAAUAAAUGGCCUUAGUUUGACUUCCAGGUGCCUAAGACUUCUGUACACUACUGUAGAUUUAGGAACAUUCAGAGGAACUUAAAUUUAGCGUGAUGAGAAAAUGCUUUUUGUGUAUGUAGCCCAAAAGCUCUUGGCAGUUUUGAAGAACAGUCAUGAUUGUCAUUUGUAUUACAGCCUUUGUAUGUAUAAAGCGGUCGUGUUAUUUCCAAACCUUAUACAUAGCUUUUUAAGGCAUAUUCCCAAGAACAUGUAAAUUAUUUUGGAACAAUGUCAUGCAUUUUUGGUUGUGCAAGCUGUAAAUAAUUGAAUGAACCCAAGUUGUUAUCAAUGGCUAUUACCUAAAGACAAACCAUGGCGUUUCAUCUGUGAGACACGUCUCUCAUUGGUACACUUAAGGGUGUUAGAAACCAUACUUUUAAGACAUGAAUGUUACACAAUAUUGUAUUAUUUUGGCAAGAAUGAUGACAAACUUAUUACGCUAUUUAUUUAAUGUGUAAUAAAUGGGCAAAUGUAUUGUGGCAAUUAUAAACUGCAUCAUUUCUUUUUGAAUCAUUGCUGAUAAUUUAGUGAAAUAUGGGAUACAAUCUGUGCUUUUAGUCAAAAUAAAAAAAACAACACUUGAAUGC